GCAGUUAAACAAGCCCCCAAGAAAGAAAAUAAACACUUCACAGUUGAACAACUCCUGCUUCCCUAUUCUACCUUUUCAAGUUUCUUGAUUUUAAUUCUAGCAUUUCUAAUGGAAGCUUGCAAGUUCUUCAUUUUCAUUUUCUUGAUCUUUACAUUCAUGGAGAUUCUUGAUGGCAAAGUCACCUCUAAUGUUUGCAACCAUGACAAACCACAUAUCCAAUUUCCAUUUAAAGUCAACUCCAUAUGCAAACACAAUCAAACCAUGUUGAAGCUUCAAGGUUACAGUUAUUUGGGUGCGAAAUCCGUCUCCUAUGAUCCCAACAAACUCACUCUAUUCGACCCGAAAGAUUGUGUUUUUGAAGUGUUCUUGAAUCUCAAUCUUGAGUCUACACAUUUUUGGUACUAUCAUGUUGUUAAGAAGAACUAUACUUAUUUGAACUGCUCGACCGAUAUUUUGGAUUCUUUUGAACCGGUGCCAUGUUUAAGUGGUUCUAACCACCGUGUUUAUGUCGUGGAGUCACCUUUACAUGUGCCCGCUUCUUGUGAGGUUGUGAAAACCGUCUUGAUCCCGUUCGCGUAUAGUUCUUUCGUCUCGGAUGACAGUUUUGGUCUUGAUUUGACUUGGGAUUCUGUUGGUUCCAAAGAUUUUGGUUUUCUGUCCAUUGGAGAAGGGUUCAGUGUUGUGAUUUUGGUUUUUGUGGUUGUGGCAUUAGGAUGUGUGAAGGUGUAUUGUUUGAAGAAAUCACAUAGCAAAGAACAUGAGUUGGAGAUGUUACUUAGUGAUCACGAAACCUUGUGACCAUUGGAUUGUCAAAUGGAGCCAAAAAGGUUGUCGUUAGGAUUCUAGAAAGGGAAAAUUACCAAAGUGGCCGUUUGACCAAGCCAUUUUCCAAAAUAGCCAUUUGACCGGGCAUAAUGCACCCUCCCAUCAAAGUGAACUCCCAUAUUUAUGCACCUUCAAUCCAACCACCAGCUAGCCGACACGUGUCCCUGAAGCCUGAACCGGCUUUAUGCCGCGUCGCCUGGCAGCCGAGCCGCUUCCCCCCAAGCCAAGCCGCUUCACCGCCUGCCCACAAGUACAAGCCAUGCCGCCUAAUUUACAAGCCAAGCCGCGUAAAGUACAAGCCGAGCCGCGACAGUUGCAUUUUUUAAAAAAUAUCAAAAUAUAUAAAAAAAACAUCAAAAAAACAUCAAAAAAUAUAAAAAAAUAUCAAAAUACUCUUUCUCUCCAUAUAUUUAAUAACUCGGUUGAAUAUUGUGAAUAAUGGAAUUCAUUUUUUAUCUCUUUUCUCUUUAUUUUUUAUCAAUUAUUAAUUUAAUAAUUUAAUAUUUUAUUAAAUUAAAUAAACUAAUAUUUUAAUAAAUUAUUUUCCGCCGCUAUGUUAGAUCCUUUGAUUUGAAACUUUUAUUAUUAUUAAUUUGCAUGU